AGUCACAAAAUGGACUUCUGGAAUCUGGCAAUCAGAAUUAUUUUCUUAGUACAAAAUACAACUGGAAUUCUGGGAAAUUUCUCUCUUUUGUUCUACUAUCUAAUUGUUUAUCAAAAAGAAUGCAUAUUAAAAUCCACAGAUUUGAUUCUCAUGCACCAAAUGGCAGCCAAUACCUUGAUCAUUCUCUCUUCAGGAGUACCUCAAACAAUGGCAGUUUGGGGAUUGAAACAGUUCUUGAAUCAUUUGGGAUGUGAACUUAUAUUGUCCAUUCAAAGAUUUGGGCGAAGUAUGUCCAUUUGCACAACCUGCCUCUUGAGUAUUUUUCAGGCCAUGACCAUCAGUUCGAGGAAAUUCUGUUGGAAGGAUCAUAUAGUCAAAGCUGUAAAGUACAUUGGCUGUUACAUUUCUUUCAUCUGGGUCUUGUAUAUCUUGAUAAAUUUUAUUUUCUUUGUGUACGCAUUAAUAAAAAUGGAUAACAAAAAUGUGACAAGAGAUUUUGGAUACUGCUCUAUUAUAGAGAAUGAUAAAAUAAUUGAGAUACUCUAUGCAGCACUGGUGAUGUGCCCUGAAUUCUUUUUUUCUGUGCUCAUUGCCUGGUCCAGUGGCUUCAUGAUUGUCAUUCUGUACAGACACAAGCAGAGGGUUCAACAUAUCAUGAGCGCUCAUGGUUCCAGCAGAAACUCCCCUGAGUUCAGAGCCACCCAGAACAUCCUGGCCCUGAUGUCUACCUUCCUGGCUUUUUAUACUCUCUCCUCGAUCUCACGAGGCUGCAUUGCUCUUUUGUAUAAUCACAAUUGGUGGCUGAUGAUCAUCAAUCAAUUCAUUUCUCUGUCUUUUCCAUCUUUUGGACCCUUUGUUCUUAUGAAUCAUUACUCCAAUAUAUCCAGGCAUAUAAUGGUCUGGAUAAGAAAUAAAAUUCACUUUAUCUUAUUUUAA